AUGACAUCUGACGAGGUAGAUGUGCCAGCGAAGGAUGGCGAGACGGAAUAUAGAGUUCAGACGAAAGAGUUUCGGCGAAAUUUGACGGUACAGUUGCAGUUAUUGGGGUUUGUAUUAAUUGUUGUAUCGCAGCUCAAGUAUGCUGGGAGUAUAGUGUUAUUUAUGGUUCGACUUGGGGUGCAGUCGGUAUUGGGGGCACCUUUCCCAUCUGAGGAGCGGUUGAUGCGGUUUACUGCGUAUUACCGGGCGAAUAAUAGUGCGAAUUCAUCGGAGACCAAUUCGCUUCGUCAUUCGUUCAAGAAGCUGGAAGCGAUGCUGUUGUAUGUGACGUUAGUGAUGAACUUUGGGGUGAUGGUGUGUGGAGUAGUGUGGCCGAUUGAUUUUGAGAAGGAGGUAGACGGGUUUCGGGUUCCUGGGAUGGGGCGCGGACUCUCGAGUUAUGGGUCGCCGUUCAACCAUAUGGGUUCUCGAGUGAUAGAGGGGGAGGUGAGACGGCACUGGUUCACGCAGUACAUUGGGGAGCGGGUUCCGUCGAGCAAUGUGCGGGGGAACGCGAGCUACAUGUGGUACCAGUGGGGGAUACUGGUGGUGCAGGUGGGGCUUGGGCUGAUGUUUGGGACUGAGCCUGGGACUGAGCCUGGGACUGGGCCUGGGCUUGUCCCAGGCUCAGGCCCAGAGGGAGAAGGCGAUCUAGAAGCCCGACCUCUGUCUCGACCACCCAUGGUGCUGGAGAUGGACCCCGAAAGAUCAAUACGGGAAGUCCUGGGGUCGGGACCGGGCCCUGAGCCUGGCCCUGAGCCCAGGCCUAGGCCUGUCGACGACAUGGUGUAG